UGCUUUCCUUUUUAACCAAUUCUCCCAAGUAGGAAAUCAAGCUCCUAACGCGCUUUCUCUCCUUUGUCUGGCCCUCGAUCUUCUUUCUUUUGGAACUCACAUGCUUGUAUUACUGGAUUACUAUCUUCUGAGCCUCUGAACAUCGAAUUGUGGUGCCUUUGUAUAUUGUGAUAAAAAGUAUUUGUUUUUGACACUUUGGUUUAAUCUCCAUGUGGGUUUUUCUUUAGCCGAGAAGACAAACAAUCAGGACAGCCUUUUAAGCAUUUUCUAUUCCAAGGUCACAUGGUAUUUUUUUAAAUACACUGUGUUCCACUCUCUGGUUUUGUUAUCCAUCCACGUAAACUCCAAUGGAUUAUGUUUGACCAAGAUUAAAAAGAUCUGCAGUUUUCUAUAUCGAGGGCCUAAAGUGCCGUCUGGUCUGAUUUCCAGGAAUCCUUUGAGAGUUGGUUGAUAAUUCCAGAAAUUACAGAAUUUCAUGUGAGAUCUGUUCGGGCAUAAAGAGCAACCCCGUCCCUUAAUUCCAAUUGAUGUCUUUUUUCUGGAGCUAAGAAAAUGGGGGGUUGUGUUUCGACUAGUAGCCAGAGUAAUUGUAGUAGCAGAAGCAAUGGAGAGACAGCUUCCUCUGCAUGUUUGGGAAUUGGAUUUUGUGGCCAAAAGAGGACCAAUAGAACAUUUUCAGAGCAUCUUGUUACAAUGCAUAAUUUACCUUCAAUACCCAACAGGGUUUUCAUGAACGGAAAAAGCCGAACUUCUUGCAUAUUCACACAACAAGGUCGCAAGGGAGUGAACCAGGAUGCCAUGGUUGUGUGGGAAGAUUUCAUGUCAGAAGAUGUGACUUUUUGUGGUGUCUUUGAUGGUCAUGGUCCAAAUGGCCAUCAGGUUGCUCGCAAAGUGAGGGAUGCUUUGCCAAUAAAAUUACUAUCAUUCUUUCUUUCUUCUCAGUCAAGGCAGAAUGAUUCAGGUAAAGCAUGUUUCAAAGGGAAUAUAAAGAAGCCAGUUACUGGAGAUACUGAGAAGGAUGGCUCACCUGAGGAUAAAUUGAACUUGUUAUGGAAAGAAGCAUUUCUGAAGUCAUACAAGUCCAUGGACAAAGAGCUGAAGUCCCUUCCUAAUUUGGAUUGCUUUUGUAGUGGUAGCACUGCUAUUACAAUUGUGAAACAGGGGUCCAAUCUUUUCAUGGGAUAUAUUGGGGAUUCACGGGCCAUUAUGGGAUCUAAGGACAAUAAUGAUUCUAUGGUGGCGAUUCAGUUGACUGUUGAUCUAAAACCUGAUUUGCCGAGGGAAGCUGAGAGGAUUAAACAGUGUAAAGGUAGGGUGUUUGCAUUGCAAGAUGAGCCUGAAGUAUCCAGAGUUUGGCUGCCAUUUGAUGAUGCUCCUGGUCUAGCAAUGGCUCGAGCAUUUGGUGAUUUUUGUUUGAAGGAGUAUGGGGUGAUUUCAAUACCUGAAUUUUCCCACCGGACACUUACAGAUAGAGAUCAGUUCAUUGUGCUUGCUUCAGAUGGGGUUUGGGAUGUCUUGAGCAACGAGGAGGUUGUUGAGAUUGUAUCCUUGGCAUCAACCCGAGCAUCAGCAGCGAGAAUUCUGGUGGAUGCAGCUGCACGGGAAUGGAAACUCAAAUAUCCAACAUCAAAGAUGGAUGACUGUGCAGUGGUGUGUUUAUAUUUGGAUGGGAAAAUGGACUCAGAAUCGGAUUACGAGGAACAAGGCAUUUCAGCUGCAACCCUUCAAAGCAAUCACUCUGGCAAUGCAAUUGAAUCAGAUGAUGGCCAGAAGUCUGAGCCAUCUUUGCAAAGAAAUUUCACUGUUAGAUCAUCAGAUGAAAGUGACACAUACGGAAAACCAACAGUCGAGGAAGGAGGGAGUGGAGAAACAGUAGCCACUGAAGAUCAGAAUUGGUUGGGUUUGGAAGGUGUCACACGGGUGAACUCUCUAGUACAACUUCCAAGAUUUUCGGACGAAAGGCCAAACCCAUGAAUCAUAGCCCUGCUUUCGAGCCUCCUUAAUCUGAGAAAUACUUUGGAUUGGCAAUCUGCCAAAACGGGUUUGUGCAGUUGCGUCUGGGCAAUUAUUGUUAUGUUGUGCAGAAUUAGUGGGAUGGUUUUGUUCAGGAAUUAUACUGUCUUAGUAUAAUUGUAUUCAAUUUGUUUCAGUCUCAAUCAAGAUUUCCUUUCUGGUUGCAUUUAAA